AUGUCGCGCCGCACCAGCUGUGCGAUAUGCAACACCCCAAAACGUCCUGAGGACCCCCAUCAGAUCUACGUCGAUUUCUCGGUCUCUGGGAUGGAAUUAAUGGCUGAGGUCGCUGAGGGCCUGGGGCAGAUUGAUGCAGCGUCCCCCGCAGUCAGCAUCAAGAAAGCUGCAACAAAGAUCACCGCUGUAACCCCCGCUGUCCGACCAGAGCAAGUCCAGGCGCGGCUCUUGGAAGUCGCCGAAGGACUCGAACAGCGAAUAUACCCCAUAUUCUCGCGUGUGGACGAAAUGUCGAAAGAAAUGAUUGCCCUCAAAGAGAAGAUCUCCCGUUUGGAGCACAAGAACCGACGUUUAAAGACGGAACUGCGGGACGUAGAAGCGCUCCAGGUCGAACUCGUUACGGCCGAGCACGAGGUCGAAGAACUACGGACUGUUUGCGACACUCAACGAACUGAGUUAGCAAGGGCACUGACAAAAGCCCGAAAUCAAGAGGUGAAGUAUAACAAGCGUUCCGCUGAGCUAGUCGCCGCGCAGCAAGUCAUAGAAGAGAAGGACAAACAGCUCCAUCUGGCCAACAAGAAACUACGGGCCUUGGGUAAACAGAGCCUCCGAAAGCAACCAAGACCGCCCUCAUACGUAGGAGAUGAUUCGCUCGUUGUCCUUGAUGCUCCAUCGGGAUCAAGACGGUCAGCGUGA